UCUCCCAUUUCCUUUCCCCUCCGUCCCCUCCCGGCGCCUGCGCGCGGCGCGUCCGGGCGGAUCCGGCGGAAGCGCCGCGAAGGUUCCGGGGCCGCGAUGGCUCCGGACCCCUGGCUCCCGCUGCUCGCCGCCGCCCGCCAGCUCGCCCAGGACAUCGCCGAGAAGCUGCAGGAGCGGAGCCGCUGCCAGCGGAGCGGGGAGAGCUCGGCCAAGGUCAACGUGGCCAUCAGGUCCUCGCUGCAGAGCCUCAGGGAGAAGAUCGAGCAGCUGAGGGAGCAGCUGCUGCGGGCGGUGUCCACUCGGCAGAUCACCCAGCUGGAGGGGGACAGGAGGCAGAACCUGGUGGACGAGCUCGUGACCCGGCACAGGCAGCUGGAGGCGUCCUACAGGAAUGAAGGUCCUGAGCCAGACAUGAGCAGGUCCAGCCUCAUGGCAGGAGGGGCCAGUCGAGGCAUCACCAACCCCUGGCUCUUGGAAGAAUCGGAGGAGACCAGAGGACUUGGCUUUGAUGAGCUCAGGCAGCAGCAGAGAAGGAUCAUUGAAGAACAAGAUGCUGGACUCGAUGCUCUUUCUUCAAUCAUAUCCAGGCAGAAACAAAUGGGGCAGGAAAUUGGGAACGAGCUGGACGAGCAGAACGAGAUCAUCGAUGACCUGACGAGCCUGGUGGAGAGCACGGAUGGGCGGCUGCGCAGCCAGACACGGCACGUGCAGGCGGUGGAGAGGAAAUCCACGUCCUGUGGGAUGCUGGUGGUGAUCGUGCUGCUGCUCAUCGCCAUCGCCGUGGUCGCGCUCUGGCCCACGGGUUAACCCCGACCCUGCUGGGGCAGCUGCUCCAGGGGAGCCCCAGGGCUCGGGCAGGGACCUGCUGAGGGCAGGGAUGAACUCCAUCCACCGCUGGGAGCAAACUCCACAGCUGGGAAUGACCCCAGUGCAGCAAACUGAACAAACCCACAGCUGGGAAUGACCCCAGUGCAGCAGCCUGGACAAACCCACAGCUGGGAAUGACCCCACUGCAGCAAACUGAACCAUCUCCACAGCUGGGAAUGACCCCAGUGCAGCAAACUGAGCAGCCCCACUCUCCUUGGCUGAGGAGCUCAGUGGGAUCUGCAGGAUUUCAGUGGGAAAAGGAUCUCAUCCCACUAACAGGAUUUCAUCCCUUCCUCUGGCACUCGGGCAGCUGCAGCUGUGGGAUGGACCCACCUCUCCUGCAUCUGGGCACAGCUGGUGCUGCUGCCCUGCCCAUCUCACAGACAUCCCAGGGCUCCAAACACCGAAAUGCAGGAGUGCUGUGGAGAGCAGACACGGUCCCUGCUUUGGGGUCCCUCCUGCAGAGAGAAAAUGCUCCAUUCAGGGAAUGUCCUGGGGGAUGAAUGGCUGCCUCUGGAUUCUCCCAGGAUGGGAAGGGACAGCCCUGCAGGAGCCCCUGGGCUGCCCAGGACCGCUGGGGACUGGGUCAGUGCUCGGCCCCCGGGGGGGGCUGGUGGGUUAUUGAUCCCCAGGGAUGGUUACUGGUGGGUUAUUGAUCCCCAGGGGUGGUUAUUGGUGGGUUAUUGAUCCCCAGGGAUGGUUACUGGUGGGUUAUUGAUCCCCAGGGGUGGUUAUUGGUGGGUUAUUGAUCCCCAGGGAUGGUUACUGGUGGGUUAUUGAUCCCCAGGGGCGGUUAUUGGUGGGUUAUUGAUCCCCAGGGACGGUUACUGGUGGGUUAUUGAUCCCCAGGGGUCGUUAUUGGUGGGUUAUUGAUCCCCAUGGACGGUUACUGGUGGAUUAUUGAUCUCCAGGGAUGGUUACUGGUGGGUUAUUGAUCCCCAGGGACGGUUACUGGUGGGUUAUUGAUCCCCAGGGGUGGUUACUGGUGGGUUAUUGAUCCCCAGGGAUGGUUAUUGGUGGGUUAUUGAUCUCCGGGGAUGGUUACUGGUGGGUUAUUGAUCCCCAGGGAUGGAGUUACUGGUGAGUUACUGAUCUCAGGUGGGAACUGAAGAGCAGCAGGACUCAGCCCAGCCUGUGAGAGUGAGAGCUCUGCCCUCGUGAGCUCCCCAGAGGCUGUGCCAGCCUGGCCCUGGGAGAUGCACCACAAUUAAUGUCCUCACUGAGCUCUGGCUCUUCCUUUGACAGCUUCUCACACCCUUCUACAGCUGAGAGGAAGGAUUACCUAUUUCAAAACUAAUGAAAAAGAAGUAUUAAAUGUUUGCUUCUGGCCAAGAGAAUAAUUAUUUUGUUACACAUGUCAGUUUGAUUUCAGGAUUAAUAGAGCAAGCAAUAAAUACUGAUUAAAGCUGAUCCAUUUCUA